AUGGAACAUCCUCAAGUUUAUCUUGAUUCUAAAAUUUAUGAUCAAGAACAUAAUGAUCAUGAUCAAUUAACUAUUAUUGGUGGUAUUUCUAAUGAUCAAUCAAUUGAUAAUAAUAAUAUUAAUAAUACUACUAACAAUAAUAAUACAAAUACUAUUAUUAAUAAUGCAAAUAACAAUAAACAAAAUAAUAAUGAUAAUCAAAUUAAUAAUGAUAAACAAAGUAAAAAUAAAUUAAAACAAGAUGAUAAUAGAUCACAUUCAGAUAAUGAAUUGAAUCAAUUAUAUAAUCAAUUAAAAAAAUUAUAUGAUGAAAAUAAUUUUAUGCAAAUUAUGUUUUUAUUACCUAAAAUUGGGAAAAUGGAAUUAAUACCCCCAGUUUUCCAUUUAAUUAUUGGAUGUUCAAUGAUUCAUUUUGGUAGAAAUUCUUCAGCUUUUAGAGAAUUGGGUUUUGCAAUUUAUAUGGCACCAACUGAACAAAAGAGGAAAGAUUUUUUAAAAGUUUUAGCUUUUACUUAUGCUGAUUUAAAAAUGACAAAUGAUGCAUUAUCUUGUAUUGGAGAAUAUUUGGAUUUAUCAAGACAAAAUUUAAUUACUCCUCAAGAUUUGGAUAAUAUGAAGAAUGAUGUUGAAGAAUUGAAUAAUUUAGUAAUGGAUAGAGUUGAACAAUCUAAAAUGAAUAAUCAACAAGUUAUUAAAAUUCAAUCAAUUGAAGAUCAAAUUAUGAAUAUACCAUCAAAUUAUGCUAUUCCAAGUAAUACAUUUUUAGGUAAAUGUCAAUAUAUUAUUCAAAAGAUUACUCAAUGUGAAAAAUUACUUCAACAAAAUCAAAGAGAUAAAUUUAAUCAUAUUAUAAAGAAUAUUAUAUUAUCAAUUUUUACAUUUGGACCAACUGAAAGUUAUUUACAAUUAUUAAAAAUGGAACCUAAUUUUAAUAAAUAUUGUGAAAGUUUUAUAAUUCAACCAAAAAGAAAAGUUUCAGUUUUUCAAAGAUCAACUAGUCAUAAAGAAGUUAAUAAUAAUAAUCAAUUUAAUAAUAACUCAAGUAUUGGAUCUAAUAAUAAUUAUAAUAUUCCAAUGUUAAUGGAACAAAUUAAAAUUAUAAAAGGGUUUAUAUCAAUGUUGAGACAUGAAUAUAAAGAAGCUUUUAAUUUUUUUAAUGAAUUUGAAAUUGAUAAUAAUCAAAAUAAUGAUGAUUACAAAUAUAAAGUUUUAUUUUUAAAAUAUAUUUGUCAAUCAAAAUUAAUUUAUCAAAAUAAAAAAGAUUAUGAAUUAAUUUAUGAAAAAAUUGCUAAAAUUCCAAUUAAUAUAAGUAUAAAAUAUAAAACAAUGGGUGAAAUUUCUCAAAAAAUUUAUGAAAUUGAAAUUAAUUUAUCAAAAACUAAAAAAUUAUUAUUAAAAAAUUCAUCAAUAAAUUAUCAUGAUUUAGCAUUAAAAUGUUAUUUAUCAAGUGUUGCCUUGUUGGAUGAAGAUGAUUUAUAUAUUGGAGAACAUUAUGAUUUAAUUUUAAAUUUUUUGGUAAAAUACGAUGUUAAAAAUUUAAGAGUUAUUUCUUUCUUUUAUCAAGUUCGAAAUUUAUUUGUAUUAAUAUCAGAUUAUAAUUAUUUACAUCAACCAGAUUUAGUAUGUGAUUGGAAUGAAAUUAAAACAAAUAAUAAAUUAUUAAAUUCAAUUGAAAAUUAUUUAGAAACUAAUCAAUUUAUAAGUGAUAAUCAAGAUUUAAAUUUUAAUAAUUUAAAAUCAAAUUUAAAACAAUUUGAUCCAAUAAAUUAUUGGAUUAAAGAAUAUAAAAAAUUUAAAAAUGAAAGUGAUUUAAAAAUUGAAACAAUUUGUAAAAUUGUUGGUUAUCCUGAUCCAAAUUGA